AUGUGGCUCAUUGACGUCGAGACGCUGCAGACGGAAGAGUUCUUUGGCAAAAUCCCUCAGUAUGCCAUACUCUCUCAUACAUGGCACGGCACGGAUGAAGUCACUUUCAGGGAAUGGGAACAGCGGGACUCAGCUGCGAUCCAGUCAAAGUCGGGUUACACCAAAAUCCUCAACGCCUGCCAUCAGACACAGAAAGAGGGUCUGAGGUACCUGUGGGUUGACACGAAUUGCAUCAACAAGGAGAGUUCCGCAGAGCUUUCUGAGGCAAUCAACUCCAUGUUCGCCUGGUACCGAGACGCCCAAGUUUGCUUUGCAUUUCUAGACGAUGUUCAAUUCGGCCCACCAUUUUACUACACCUCCUCUGACCUGUCGGAUAGUCGCUGGUUCACCCGUGGUUGGACUCUCCAAGAGCUACUUGGCCCGACUCGACUCAUAUUCUUUGACUGCAACUGGAAGUCACUAGGGACCCGCAGUUGGUUGUCCCGACGUAUCUCAACUGCGACAAACAUAGACGAAUUUUAUCUUGCAUCGGUGGUGAUAGAAAAGCCCAGUAUAUCGGAAAAGAUGUCAUGGCUAUCCACAAGAAAAACAACGAGAGUCGAGGACUUGGCCUACUGUAUGUUGGGUAUUUUCGACUUGAACAUGCCUCUUCUAUACGGCGAGGGUAUGAAAGCUUUUGCUCGGUUACAAGAAGAGAUCAUCAAAGGAUCUAAUGACCAGACAAUAUUUUGUUGGCCUUGGGAUAAAAACAUUGUUCCGUUGAACUGGGGCAGCUUGCUUGCGCCCGAGCCAUCACUCUUCAAGGACGGGCGUCUUUAUGGAUCAACAUCGACCGUUCAUUGGUCGCCGUGGUCGAAGACAACAUCGUACGUCAUGACGAACGCCGGUUUACGCAUCAGAUUUCCUACGCUGAGGCUGGGUGGCGGAAUAGAGCUGGCCAUUCUCACUGCUCACCACAACAAACACUUCCUACAGAGUCGAGUUUGUAUCACUUUGAAGACAAUCCUUCCGCAUGGAGAGACAACCAAAAGCGUCGUGGAUGAUUCCGCCACAAUAGCGCAGAGAUUUCCGAUACCACCGGACCUAGUCGUCCUCAACGAACUAGACGCAUUAUCUAUUUCGGCCUCCGCGCUCAAGGAAAUUUGCAUUCGCCCGUUACCGAAUCUCAAUGUAGACUUAGACGCGGCUCUGCGAGGCUGGGAACUGGGAAUAUCUCGGUCAAGGGUGAGCGCAUCGGCAAUCUUACUUAUCUUUGACGAUGCUGUUGGCUGUGACUUGUUUGGAGCUUUCCCGAUCGGAGGCACAUCGCAGCUACGGCUCGAGCCACUCUCCAGGAACUUGUUUCCUGUGGCACCCUCUGAUACAUCGUCUACCAGUGCUACAGAGUUUUACUUCAUCCAAGCUAGCGGAGCACAUCUAGCCAGCCUGGUUGUGGGAAUUCACAGACGAAGCGAAAAUACAUAUUUCCCUGGCAUUCUGGACGUGCCUGACUGGUUUUGUUAUUUCAAAGAGCAUGAGAGACAUUUUCCCUCAAUGUAUGACCGAUCCACAUCAGCCGUGACCCCUGAUGGGCGUAUAUCGGUACGACUGGAUUGGAGCGUGUUCAAAACUGACGGCUUUGUGAUUAAACCGGUCUAUGUCUUGCCAGGAAAAAUGCCUUUCAGAUAUUGA